UUAUAUUGAUGCUUUAUCACAUUGCCUUUUUUUUAUGAUGUAAUUCAUAGACCAUACAUAUGGGAAUCCUAUAUCUUUCUUAUUCUUCUUCCUUCUAUCUAUCAUCCCUCCUUUUAUCCACAUCCCUUUAGUUUUGCUUCACAGCCUAGAAUCAGGUUUCUUUUGUAGAGAAAAAAAUGCAGUUGCUACAACUAUAUGAUAGAUCUACUCAUUUUUGAUAGAUGUAUUUAUUCACAUAGUGACUGUUUCUUAGUUAGGAUCUCGACAAUACGAAGCAAUAGGUUGGUUAUUAGUUAAUUUUCUAUCAUUACUAAGUUUUUUUCCAUUUUUGACCCUAAAGAAAAAACUAACGAGUCACACACUAAGCAUAGCAAUUAUAUUAAAAGAUUUCUUAAUUUUCAUUAAAUCUUAUAGAAAGAGGGAUACUUUCUUCUUUUUUUUAGGGAUUUUUGGAAAAACAAGGUUCUUGUCUUUUUUAUUCUAUCACUGGGCGGAAUGGGAAGACAUGGUUAGUUAUUCUUCUUCUACGAAUAUCCAAAUUUUGACACCUAAUACUCCAUAGAUAGUUCGAAUUGGAUAGCAGCAAUAAUCAAUUUUAGCGCGAAUUGUUUGGAGGGGUAGUCUACCCUUUUUGAUGCAUUCGGCACGUGCAAUUUCUUUUCCUGCUAGACGACCCGCAAUUUGGAUUUUUAUUCCCUUUAUAUCCGCUUUUUUAGUUAAUUCAAUAGCUUUUUUCAUUGCUUUUCGGAAUGAAACUCUAUUUUUUAAUUGGAAAGCUAUAUAUUCCGCAAGAAUAUUAGGUUGUCUAUAAGGUUCUUUAACCUUUUCGAUAGCAAUAUUAAGUCUCUGGUUUACAGAAUUAACUUCCUUUUGGAGAUCUUUCUCUAAUUCUUCGAUUGCUCCCUUUUUCUUUAAUAAGUUGGGGAAUCCAAUAUGGAUUAUGACGUGGAUUGUAUCGAUUUCUUUUUGAAUUUCUAUAUGUGUAAUUACUUCAGAACUUGAGUCUGAUUCCAUUUUUCUAUUCGAGCCUUUUUUCCUAUUCUUUUGUAUAUAGUUCUUGAUACAAUUCCGUAUUUUUUUAUCUUCCUGUAGACCUUCAGAAUAAUUUUUUGGUUGUGCGAACCAAAAGGAAUGGUGAUUUUGGGUUGUACCAAGUCUGAAACCGAGUGGAUUUAUUUUUUGUCCCAUAUUUUUCUAUUAUAUUUCUUUUUUUUUACUGGGAAUCGAAAUCUUAGAUUGAUCUAAAGAUUAUUUUGAUUUCUUUACUAUAUUUAGUACAAUUGUUAUAUUACACAUCGUUUUUUUUUAUAGAAUAACUACGUCCUCGAGCUCGAGGUCUGAAUUUUUUCAUAAUAGUACUCCUACUGACUUCGGCUUUAGUGAUGAAUUUAAAGUGAAGCGAAAGAGUUUUCUUUGUAUAAGAAUUAGGUCUAUAUCAUAUCUAAAUAGAAGGGAAAUCAAAAAGAAGGGAAGUGGGGAUUACAUUGGAUGAAUCCUUAAGGAAGACAUAUCACAAAAGAAAUAAAGGCUAAAGUAAGCGCUCCUUGCCUUUGGUUUGAGCAAAACGGAUUCUUGUUUCACCGAGGAAAAGAGAGAAGUUCUGGAUAAAUUGACAAUGUCAACUUGAAUUGACUAAUUCAGUUCCGCCUAUUCCACAUUAAUGGGAGUACAUUUAUGUUUCUGCUUCACGAAUAUGAUAUUUUUUGGACAUUUCUAAUAAUAGCAAGCCUUAUUCCUAUUUUGGUAUUUUGGAUUUCAGGACUUUUAGCCCCGGUUAGUGAAGGACCAGAGAAGCUUUCUAGUUAUGAAUCGGGUAUAGAACCCAUGGGGGGGGCUUGGUUACAAUUCCGAAUACGCUAUUACAUGUUUGCGCUAGUUUUUGUUGUUUUUGAUGUGGAAACAGUCUUUCUCUACCCUUGGGCAAUGAGUUUCGACGUAUUGGGUGUAUCCGUUUUUAUCGAAGCUUUCAUUUUUGUGCUUAUCCUAGUUGUUGGUUUAGUUUAUGCAUGGCGAAAAGGAGCCUUGGAAUGGUCUUAACUGAAUAUUCAGAAAAAAAAAAAGAAGGAAAAGAUUCCAUUGAGACAAUUAUGAGUUUGAUUGAGUUUCCGUUACUCGACCAAACAAGUUCCAAUUCCGUUAUUUCAACUACACCAAACGAUCUUUCAAAUUGGUCAAGACUCUCAAGUUUAUGGCCCCUUCUAUAUGGUACCAGUUGUUGUUUCAUUGAAUUUGCUUCAUUAAUAGGCUCACGAUUCGACUUUGAUCGUUAUGGAUUGGUACCAAGAUCAAGUCCUAGACAAGCGGACCUAAUUUUAACAGCUGGUACGGUAACAAUGAAAAUGGCUCCAUCUUUAGUGCGAUUAUAUGAGCAAAUGCCUGAACCGAAAUACGUCAUUGCUAUGGGAGCCUGUACUAUUACAGGGGGCAUGUUCAGUACAGAUUCCUAUAGUACUGUUCGAGGAGUUGAUAAGUUAAUUCCUGUGGACGUCUACCUGCCGGGUUGCCCGCCUAAACCAGAGGCUGUUAUAGAUGCCCUAACAAAACUUCGUAAGAAGAUAGCGCGAGAAAUAAUUGAGGAUCGAACUCUAUGUCAAAGUCAAAAGAAAAAUAGAUCUUUUACUACCCGUCACAAACUUUAUGUUCGGCGCAGUACUCACACUGGAACUUACGAACAAGAAUUGCUCUAUCAAUCACCAUCUACUUUAGAUAUAUCUUCUGAAACUUUUUUCAAAUCCAAAAGUUCAGUAUCUUCCUACAAAUUAGUGAAUUAGGAGGGGUUCUUUUGUGCAGAAAAAGAAAGAAAAGAGCAGUACAAUCUUUCAAACUUGCAUUUGAAAUGUGAAAUAUUUAUACAAAGGGGGAGAGAUCAAGACAAUGCAGCAGGGUUGGUUAUCUAAUUGGCUAGUUAAACAUGACGUGGUUCAUAGGUCUUUGGGCUUCGAUCAUCGAGGAGUAGAGACUUUACAAAUAAAAGCGGGGGAUUGGGAUUCCAUUGCUGUCAUUUUAUAUGUAUAUGGUUACAAUUAUUUACGUUCCCAAUGUGCUUAUGACGUAGCACCCGGUGGAUCUUUAGCUAGCGUGUAUCAUCUUACGAGAAUACAGUAUGGUAUAGAUAACCCAGAAGAGGUAUGCAUAAAAGUCUUUGCCCAAAAGGAUAAUCCUAGAAUCCCGUCUGUUUUCUGGGUUUGGAGAAGUGCCGAUUUUCAAGAACGCGAAUCUUAUGAUAUGGUGGGAAUUUCUUAUGAUAAUCAUCCACGUCUUAAACGUAUCUUAAUGCCUGAAAGUUGGAUAGGCUGGCCCUUACGUAAGGACUAUAUAACCCCCAAUUUCUAUGAAAUACAAGAUGCUCAUUGAGUGAUAAUAAAUUCAUGUUCACUUAUACAACACAAUUCCAGAUUUUAUUCAAGUCAAGGAAUAUUUUGACGUUCUGUUCCUAGACGAAACGAAAUACUUAGAAUAUAAUAUUCUAAUUAAUUCCUAUUAUACAAAAAGGUCCAGAUAGACUGAACAAAAAGGGCUUCAUUUCUAUUUUCCAAUUUGGAAAAUCACAUAUUUGUUUCCUUCGUAUGAACAGAAAAAUACAAUGACUCAAAGAAGUUCCUACCACGAACUUUGUACCGCGCAUAUUACUUAGAACAACUGGGAAAGUAGGAUAAGCAAGAAUAAAAAAAAAAUAUAUUCUUCGGAAUAGCGGUAUACAAAAUUAAUAAGAAAUGCAAAAUGAAGAAAAGGGCACCUAAUCUCACCUCUUUCUAUACCAUAAAGAACCAGAGAUUUAAACCCUUUUUUUAAAAGAAAAAGAAGUGUUUAGAGAUUUAUCUACUUACUCUAGAGAUUUAUCUACUUACUCUAGACUAAAGACUAAGUAGAUUUUUAAUAAAUAUUUACCCCAAUCCAUCUCAAAAUAUUUGUAUCAAUAUCUAUUCAGUAGAUCCUUUUUUUCUGUGCCAGGAACCAGAUUUGAACUGGUGACACGAGGAUUUUCAGUCCUCUGCUCUACCAACUGAGCUAUCCUGACCCUUUCUUGUGCAUCAUCUUAGUAAAGUAUUUGCAUCUAUGUCAAUUAAAGGGACUAAAAAAUCAAUAAAGUAUUCCAUUCAAAAUUAGGAAAUGGGGAGGGGUAGUCCUAUGCAUUGUGGAUGGCUUACUUAAUAAUACUUAAAAAAACGAAUUAAUAAUCGAGAUUCCUUGCCGAUACUCUACUCUAAUAAAUAAAAAAGAAAUAAAAAAGAAAUCAUCUAUUUAAUGAAUAGCAUAAGAUUCAUUGAGUUCUUGUCGCACUCCUUUGUGAAAGAGUAGAAUGAGAAAGCUAGUGAAUCUUAAACCCAUUGAUAAAAGAAAAAAAGGAUAACAACUAUGGUUAGGGAAUAAAAGAGGGUUUGGGGAUAGAGGGACUUGAACCCUCACGACUUAUAAAGUCGACGGAUUUUCCUUUUACUAGAAAUUUCAUUGUUGUCAGUAUUGACAUGUAGAAUGGGACUCUCUCUUUAUCCUCGUCCGAUUAAUCCACUUUUAAAAAUUAAAAGAUCUCGAAAACAAUGAAUUGAAGGAUUUGAUUACUCAAUAUUUGAUUGGAAUAGAUUCACAAUAAUUCUAAAAAAAAAUUAUGAAUUUUCUAUUUCAUAAUCAUUCCUAAUUUCAUUCUAAAAAUAAAAUAAAGAACCUAUAUUAUAAUAUGGGUUCUGUGAUUAAUCGUUAUUACUUCGAUUCAUUAGAACAGCUUCCAUUGAGUCUCUGCACCUAUCCUUUCCUUUGGGUUCUAGUUUGAGAACCACUUGUUUUUCAAAAAAGGGAUUUGGCUCAGGAUUGCCCAUUUUUCAUUCCAGGGUUUCUCUGAAUUUGGAAGUUACCACUUAGCAGGUUUCCAUACCAAGGCUCAAUACAAUCAAGUCCGUAGCGUCUACCGAUUUCGCCAUAUCCCCAUUUUACUUUUCUUUGAAACCAGGAUUCCUUGUAUAAUUUAAUCCAUCUCUUAGUUUUUUUUGAAUCAUUGAAUUCAUUAUUCGACGUAGUCUAGCAACUCAUCUCUAUUUGAGACACCCCGCUCGCUUAUUGCAAUUCAGAAUUGCAUUGAUUUUAUCGUUGAUAUAUUUGCAAUUCAAUCGGAAUGAAUAUAUCCAAAAGUUUUUCUCUCUCCCGCCUCCCUCCUUCCUUUUUUAGAGUAUUCCAAAUCAUACUAUAACGCUUGAUAUUCAUUCUUUUUUUCUAAACUGAAUUAGAAAUUUCAUUUGCUAUGAUUCUAUCUUCUCCUUAGUGAACUAUUUAUCCUUAAAUUAUUAACAAAUAAAAAAACAAAAUAUCUCAAAAAUGUAUAUAAUGAUCAAAUGAAAAUGCCAAUCUCUUGGCAUUUUCUCUUUAUUAUAUUAUUCAUAUAUAUUCUUCUUUUUCUUCUUUUCUAUGUAUUAGAUUAUUCCUCCGAGCCAUAUCAAAUUGAAAAUAUCUGAAAUCAAAUUCAAUAUAGAAUUUGGAAUAGAUUCUAUUAAAAAAAUCCAUUUGCGAAUUAGAGAAAUAAAAAGAAAGUUCAAUAAAUUCUAUAAUCCUAUUUAAGAAUAUCAUUUAGUUAAGCAUAUCAAGCUAACUUUAUCUUUAUGAAAUUCUAGUAUUUUUUUUUCUAUCUAAGUGGAACUUCCAAUUUAGAACUAGUUAAUAACUAAGAUUAAUAAUUAAGAUCUGACAUUUUACAGAUUCCCUAUAUAUAUUUUUAUUUGUUACACUAUUUCUGUUAUGUAAGCCCACUUAGCUCAGAGGUUAGAGCAUCGCAUUUGUAAUGCGAGGGUCAUCGGUUCAAAUCCGAUAGUCGGCUUUUUUUUCUAUCGAUGUUCUAUGAACAAGAAUUUCUCUUUUUCUCCGAAUAAAAUGGGGAAUCCAGGGUCUAUUAUGUCGUUUUACCUUACAAUUUUGCUAGAUACAAAGCAUAAAAAUAAAUAAUAUAUAUACAAAAAAUCCAGAUGUUGAUGAAAUUCCAUUUUUUGUGUUACUCCAUUUUUUGUGUUACUUUAGUAGAUUUUACUCUGUUUAUCCUUUAGUUUAAUUCUGUUUGAAUUUCGCUGUAUUCUGUAAUGUAAAUAGAACGAAAUUUAUUGUGUAAAAUGAAAUUUCAAUAAAAUAAAAAAGGAGUCUUCAUGUCCCGUUAUCGAGGGCCUCGUUUAAAAAAAAUACGCCGUCUGGGAGCUUUACCAGGACUCACUAGAAAAACGCCUAAAUCCGGAAGUAAUCAGAAAAAGAAAUUCCAUUCUGGGAAAAAAGAGCAAUAUCGUAUUCGUCUUCAAGAAAAACAGAAAUUGCGUUUUCAUUAUGGUCUGACAGAACGACAAUUACUUAGAUAUGUACAUAUCGCUGGAAAAGCAAAAAGAUCCACAGGUCAGGUUUUACUACAAUUACUUGAAAUGCGUUUGGAUAAUAUCCUUUUUCGAUUGGGUAUGGCUUCAACCAUUCCUGGGGCCCGACAAUUAGUUAACCAUAGACAUAUUUUAGUUAAUGGUCGUAUAGUUGAUAUACCAAGCUUUCGUUGCAAACCCCGAGAUAUUAUUACUACGAAGGAUAACCAACGAUCAAAACGUUUGGUUCAAAAUUAUAUUGCUUCAUCCGAUCCGGGCAAAUUACCAAAGCAUUUGACGGUUGACACAUUGCAAUAUAAAGGACUAGUAAAAAAAAUUCUAGAUAGGAAGUGGGUCGGUCUCAAAAUAAAUGAGUUGUUAGUUGUAGAAUAUUAUUCUCGCCAGACUUGAACUUAACGAAAAAAGGAAAGGUUCAUAGAAUUUUUUUCCCCUUCCCCUUUCCCCGAACUAAAUCGACCUAAGGCUCUUAAUUCGUAUUUUCCCGUUCACCUAGCAGAAAUAGAUUAACCCUAGGAUACUUUUUUCUUUUUUGUUAUUUCCUCGAUGUGUAUUUUACAUACCACAGUAAUUUGCUAUAGAGAAUUUCUAUUAAUUAAAGGUAUUAUUGUUGGAAUAAAUUGUUAUUUAAUUUGAUACAUUGUGAUCGCUAACAUUGAUGAAUUAAGAGAAACGGAAAGAGAGGGAUUCGAACCCUCGGUAAACAAAAGUCUACAUAGCAGUUCCAAUGCUACGCCUUGAACCGCUCGGCCAUCUCUCCUACAUAAUCUUAUUAUGGAAAAUAAACUGAGUGAAUAGCGAGUUUUCGUAUUCCUGCAGUACAGGUACAGCCACAACGGCUCGGGAAUUCCAUGGCUCUAUUGGAUUGGAUGGAAAAAUUCCUUUUCAUCUAAGUGGAAGGAUCCUGUAUUUUUUUACUAGGAAUUCUGCUCCCUCGAAAAGUUUUUCUUUGGGGAAAACCAAAAUAAAAAGAGAAUGGAAGAAUUCUUCUUAUUCCAUAAGAAAAUAAAGGAACCCUAGAAUUCCAUUUGCAUAAGGUACAUUACGCCAUACAAUCUAAAUAUAAAAGGGGUAUGGGGCAAUUAAUGACUUUGAAAACGCGAAAUAGCUGAUGAGGGAAGUUGUUGUUGAGAAAUAGGAAAGUGGAAUGAAAUCCAGUCUUAGUCAAAUAUUUCAUAUCUCUUCUCUUCUUGUCCAAACAGAAGGAAAAGGAGACAAUUUGAGCUGAGCGGAAAAUCCAUAUCUCUCUUAUCCAUUUAGAGCAUAUGGAUCGAUUUAUAAGAAUCGAAUGUUUUGUUUUUAUGUUAUUUUGUGAUAGAAUGAAAAGAAUUCUAUAUAGAAUGGGUUGGGAAUUAUGCCUAGAUCCCGUAUAAAUGGAAAUUUCAUUGAUAAGACCUCCUCGAUUGUAGCCAAUAUUUUAUUGCAAAUAAUUCCGACAACCUCCGGGGAAAAAAGGGCAUUUACUUAUUAUAGAGAUGGGAUGUUGGCUCAAUCCGAAGGAAAUUAUGCGGAAGCUUUGCAGAAUUAUUAUGAAGCUACGCGACUAGAAAUUGAUCCCUAUGAUCGAAGUUAUAUACUAUAUAACAUAGGCCUUAUACACACAAGCAAUGGAGAGCAUACAAAGGCUUUGGAAUAUUAUUUCCGGGCGCUAGAACGAAACCCCUUCUUACCGCAAGCUUUUAAUAAUAUGGCCGUGAUCUGUCAUUACCGAGGAGAACAGGCCAUUCUACAGGGCGAUUCGGAAAUUGCGGAAGCUUGGUUUGAUCAAGCUGCUGAGUAUUGGAAACAAGCUAUAGCGCUUACUCCAGGAAAUUAUAUUGAAGCACAGAACUGGUUAAAGAUUACGAAGCGCUUUGAAUUUGAAUAAGACCACUCUCCAUUUUCAUAAAAAGGGUGGUUUGGUUGAAAAUCAAAUCAAGAAUUUCAUUAUAUCCCUUUCUUCUACCUUCAAUUUUAUAUCAUAUUUCAUAAGGAUAAACAAUAGGGAUAGGCUCUGGAACAGAAGUAAUAAAGUACAUAAAAAUCGGCAAUCUAAAUAUUCCUACCUAAUAUAUCAGGACGGUCUUAUUAAUAAUUCUAAUGAGUUAUCUUGGAAUUUUGAAUCGAAUCAAAAAAUCUAUAUUAUGCUCACUCAAGGAAAGUAGAUGUAGAUAGGGGCUUAUACCCUCAGAAAAAAAAUACACCAGCUUCUUAAAUUAAAACGUAAAAAAAGAUUUUUUUGUUAUGUCGGGAAAUAAUUUUCCAGAAUAACCAAUGUCCGUUAGGCACCUAAUCCUUAUGUCAUAAUAGAUCCGAACACUUGCCUCGGAUUGACUUCAAUAUAUAAUUGCUCCAGUGAAUAACUAAAAAAAAAAUAGAAGGACGGUAGAUAGUAAAGAAAAGGACUAAUCAUAAUAUCUAUCUUUAAAAGAUUCAAUAAAAAGACAGUUGGCGGGUCUCUUUGUAUGUCUUGUCCGGAAAGAGGAGGACUUAAUGAUUAUUCGUUCGUCGGAACCAGAAGUUAAAAUUGCUGUGGAUAGGGAUCCUAUAAAAACAUCUUUUGAGGAA